UUAAAUUCGCUAAUGCACAUUUACCACAUGUUUAUAUAUAUAUAUGUAUUCCAUUUGCACUUCUAGUAAAAAUUUCAAUAUAGGAGGGCAACGCAUUUAUUGGCAAGGGCUACUGUGACUCGGGUUCGACAGAGUUGGCAUUUGCUUAUGUCGUUAUAUUUUAUAAUAAAGUUGCGUUAAACUUUUUUUUUAAAAUUACAUAGUUGCAAGAAAAGAACUUUGAUCAAUGGAUCUCGAUGAGCGUGGGAAGGACCAGGCUGCGAGAUCCCUGCUGAGGAAAACGUAUAAAGUGACCAUCAUAAUGCUUUUAAUUGGACAACUCCAGGUCUGCGUUGUAAAUGAAAUUUCACUCUUCAAGAAGUUUUUUGUAAAGCAUUACUAUGUGAGCCUGGCGCAGUUUUUUAUAAGCUUUAUAUCGAUACAGCUGUACGUGUUCUUUUAUCAUGCCAUCGAGAAGAAGGCAACGUGGAAAAGGAUCUUAAUCGGAAUCUGGACGUUCGAGGUAAACACCAUUUCGAUCAUGAAGCCCUCCAAGAGUUCGCCAUACUUGUGUUUUUUAAUAUCAUGGGUGGUCACUUUUUUGAUCAUGGCCGGAAGUGUGAUAUAUGGCAACAUGGCAGUAAAACACCGACGUGGUCUCUUUGUGUCACGCCACAAUAUAAUCCGUUGGAGCGAACGUCUCUUUGUGCUGACCUGCUUUGGCAUCAUUGUCUGCUCCGAGAUGAGUCGCACCUCCAUCGAGUUUCCCACCCUCCUCAUCUACAGCAUGAUAUCGAACAUUUUUGUGGUCGUCUUUGCUGCCUCGAUACGCAAGCCGAACUUCUAUCACGUGGAUGGCGUUGCCGAUCACAUACUGAUUGGCCAGCUGUACUAUCUGAACUUCUAUGCCCUGUACAUGGGCAUCGUGUGGACGCUUUCAUCUGGCUUCAUAUUGGCCGAUUGGGAUGUACCCCUGGAAGAGUUAUUUAAAGCAAAGCGCUAGACCAGAUGUCGCCUUGCAGUGUUGUCAUGCUUCAAAAUGGGUUUACCUCCUUUGUUAUUGACCAGGCGCAUGCGCCGCAAAGCCCACGAACAGCUGUUCCAUACGGGCACAAAUAUGCACCCACACACGCACACACACAUACAUCCACAGACGCGGAACUCACGCCCUCAACCUUCCCCUUGCCCCAUCAUCUAGCGCAGGCAGCCAAUGUUCUCGAUAGUCGCUGGCAAAUGCAAAUCAGGAACGUUUCGCUGCCUGCCGCUGGAUGCCUCCUCCGCUGAGGGGCUUACGUCACAUUCGUCGCGAUCCUUGUUAAAAUUUGAUUUGUGUUUCAAUUUAGGUCCUGGUGCAUUCGGUUCAUCACCGGGUUGUUCUCGUCCAUUUCCUCGCGUUUGUCCCCGUCGACGUCGGACUUGUGCUUUUAGUUUUCGUCGCAUCAAAUCGAUAAAAGUUUUACUUUAUAACGCACACGCACACACACAACAUACAACACAAAAUAUUUGUAAAAAGAGAAAAAUAUGUAAAUAAUAAUAUUUCACGUAAACUUUUCUACAAAA